AAUCAGGUUUCGAUAAAUGAAAACAGCCAAAGUACGACAAUUUAGGGCAAGAUGUACGACACUGCACCACAACAAUGACAGCGGAUCAAUGAGGGACGCCGCCAGUGCUGCUCGACCUCCUGCCUUAUUUCCGUGAAGACUUUGGAAAGAUAUAUUAUUGACUUGCACAUGUAAACGAUGUCAGUUCAGCCUGCCACUCACGAAGAAAUCCAAAUUGACGACGACGAAGUGGAAGAGGAAGAGGAAGAAGAGGAUGAGGAAGAAGAUGCAGAAGAUGAGGACUUUGAAGACAAUGAAGAAGUGACUCAUGGUAGGAGCCCAGGCAGGGGACUCACCCUUAAGACACUUUUGAAGGAGAGAGUGUUGACACCUGGCGAGGGACACAUGACCAUCAACUACCUGGCUCCAGCCCUGGGGAACAAGUUCAAAGGAGACUUGUUGCCUGAUGGGAGGAUUCGCUCCCAGGAGACCAACAAGAUCUUUGGUACUCCCAGCGCUUGGGCCAUUUACUGCAAGAAGAUUGUUAACCCUGACAAAAAGUCAGGCUGUGGCUGGGCGUCAGUGCGAUACAAAGGGAAGAAACUUGACUCUUACAAGAACAACUGGUACCGCCAAAAGCGACUUGAGUUUGAGAGAGAGGGAGAGGCUUUGGACGAGGAGGAGAUGACUGACAGCGACAGCGAUGGCCCUCACGAGCAGGAGAUCGUUGAGUUUGAGAUGAUCGGCAACAGACAUCCAAACCAUGACAUGAACACAAUGGUGGAGCUCACGUCCUUCCAAGCGCUGGGUCGCAUGCAGCCCUUCAGUGUCACCAUGUCCUCCUCAGCCAUGGCCAUGAUUGACAUCCACGCUCACCUGUCCACCUCGGAGGUCGUGGGUUACCUGGCUGGCCAAUGGGACGUCACCAAUCACAACCUGAUAGUGUCCCAUGCCCUGCCGGUGCGGUGUCGCCUCGGGGACGGGGAGAAGGGCCGGGCGGUGGAGCAGCAGCUGUUCACUGAGAUGGAGAAGCUCAGCCUCAAUCUCGUGGGAUGGUAUCACACACACCCUUUCUCCCCUCCCCUUCCUUCACUGAGAGACAUCGACUCUCAGCUGGAGUAUGAACUGAAGAUGAAAGGCUCCAAUGAUGCGAGUUACACGCCUUGUAUCGGCAUCAUUGUGUCUCCUUAUGUGAGGGGAGGAGGCCAGGGCACAACAGCCAGUGGGUUUUGGGUCAUGCCGCCCCCCGAACACAAGCCCCAGGAGUACGGGCGGCCGAUGAGCAUCCAGUUCACCAUCGUACAAGAUGCCUUCAUGCCCAAGGAGACACUGAUUCAUGUGCGAGACACUGUCAAGUACUACAAGGACUCACCCGACUCAGUUGUCUUCAGUGACAUUUUCCAAGACCGUUUCACAAACUGGGACAAGCUGAAGACUGCCAUUCGUUCAUGUGUGCCAAGGGACCAUUACGCACCACUGUUAGAUUACUUAGCCAAACUCCUAGAACUAAAAAAUUACACUCCAGAGCCUGUAGCACCCUUAGGAAAACUAAAAUCCACUCUAAUUGCGGGGAAGCCACCUCAACAAGAUAUAUCUGAGACUUCCACCACUCCUACCAUCUUAUCUGCCUCGCUGUCCACACCUACCUCCCUGCCUCUACGCAACAAGAACUCCCCUGAUUUGGGACACAGUGACCUGGACCACUCGGCCCCUAGACCCUCACCUCCUGUCAUUGAUGUGUCUCCUGAUGACCCAAAACCACCUCCAUCUCUUAGCAUCUCGGCUCCACCACCUCAGAGCAUGGAGACCCCUACAGGCAAAGGAGAGAGAACUUCCACCUCACACUUAGAGUUGCAAAGGCAUGACUUAUUCAAAAGUAAGGAGACACAGCAGCAGCAGCAGCAGGAAUUGAAGGCUAAACCACCAGAUCACCUUUUCCCCAGCAGUAGAUCUUCUCCGCCUCAGUACAAACAGCUGCAUGAACACUUGUUCCCUGAGCACAAACAAGAUGCAGCUUCACACCAGAGUGCAUCUCAGGAACACCAGCAUCACCCUCAGCAACACAAACACCAACAGAACCAGCAACAGCUUCAACAGCUCCAGCAAAACCAGCAUCAUCUUCAGCUGAACCAGCACCAGCAUCAGCAACAGCAGCAGAAUCAACAUCAGCAGCAUCAGCAUCAUCAGCUCCAGCAGCAGCAGCAGCAGCAACAACAACAGCAACAACAACAACAACAGCAGCAACAACAACAACAACAACAACAACAACAACAACAACAACAACAACAACAGAAACCAAUGUUUGGUGACCCUCCCCAGUACCACCAGACACAGUCUUACCAACAGUACCAACAAGAUUAUCAGCAGCAGAGGGAGGGUUUCCAAGGAGAGCAGAAGAGUGAGGUAGAAGAGGAGGUGCAAGAGACCUACCGUGAGCCACCACCCAGCUAUCAUCAGCACCACUUCAAGAUCCCAAGCUCCUACCACCAUGAGGACCCUAAGGGUGCCCCUCCCUCAUACCCCACGGAAGAUAGGACAUCCCUGGACGUCCCUCGAACACGGGAAGGCACCUUGGGCUUAUCUCACUCUCACCAAGAGCCAUUGGAUGCCUGGGGUCAGGGACUGCCCAGCCAGACUGAGCCACCUCCAUCAUCACUUCAGCAAGGCAUUAUGAAAGAUCUAGAUGACAUACAACCAAUGGAUGUAGACUCUCAUAGCAGUAAUCAAUGACAUGCCUCUUUAUAACGACCUGUGCAUCUCAGCUCUCAUCGCCUGCAUCUUGGGAUGCUACCUCCAAAGGACAUUGACAAGCUUCUAUGCAUCUUCAAGACAAGUAUUAUCGAUGAAUGGCAAGCAUUGCUGGACCCAGUGUAGGCUAAGCCUGAGACAGUCCUGUUGUCCUGUUGGAGACUCUGUAUCUUUGAAUCCUGCAAUGCAUAACAACUGUUGUGGAACAAACUCGUCGUCACAGUACUCCAGUUGACAUCAGAGAGGCAGCUUUGGGAUGACGUGGUUCUAUAGUUAUAUUUUACCUAAAUUAUAGAGGCAUUAAACAGCAUCAUUUAUCAUUAAUAUGGCCUCUUGAAAGCCUAUUGCCAACUCAAAUCAUUGUAGCUUGUAGAAUUUAUUGUAUUUAAUUAAAGCUACUCUUUUUUUAA